AUGAAUCAAAAGAAUUUGGCUGAAGUAGAACUGAUCGUAACGCACCAGUGCCCAUAUGUAGCUAGGUAUGUUGUCGUGUACAACUACAGAGGCUAUCCAAAGCGACACGAGUGGUAUGAUGACUUUGCUGUACUAGAGCUUUGUGAGGUACAAGUGUUUGGGUGUCCUAUACAGAAACAUGGCUAUGGAAACUGCAACAAAAACUGCUCGCAUAACUGUUAUGGGGGCAACUGUAACGGAGUAACUGGUUCCUGCUUUUACUGUCUUCCUGGAAAGUGGGGUGAUGUCUGUGAUCAAGAUUGUCCUACCACCUGCAAAACCAAUACCUGUAUACCCAAUAAUGGAUCAUGUACAGAAUGUAAACCAGGAAGGCAUGGAGAUGUAUGUGACAAAUAUUGUCCUGUCACCUGUAAUGGAACCUGUGAUAAAGUCUCCAGCUAUUGUAGAGAUUGCGUCUUUGGACAAUGGGGUGACAAAUGUGAUCAGGAAUGUGCUUUGAAAUGUAAAGGCUGCAUUCAAACCAAUGGAUCAUGUAUAGACUGCAAUCCUGGAAGGUACGGACAAACAUGUGACCUGUAUUGUCCUACUAACUGCGCAAACGACGUCUGUGAUAGAGAAACUGGUUCAUGUUUCGAUUGUAAACCUGGAAAGCAUGGAGAGAUGUGUAACCUGGAUUGUUCUGUACUGUGUGAAGGCCUUUUUUGCGAGAAAGACACAGGAUUUUGUUCUGAAUGUAAAGACGGAAUGCAUGGAUACCGAUGUGACAAGCCAUGUGCUGCUGGUUGUAGCUCCAACAGAUGCAGGCGAUAUGACGGGACUUGUGGAGAAACAAAUACCGCUAAAGAUAACACCUGUACGGACAACAGGACAACUGUAGCUGUUCUAGCAGCUAUUACUUGUAUAUUUCUGGUAGCAGCUAUUGUCUCAUUUGUCUGCAUGCUGCGGUACGUCUAUCAAAACUCAAAACCAAUCCAUGAUUGUUAA